GCGUUCUACAGUUGUGGGCUUAUCACGUUGUCCCCGUAUCUUAUCCGAAACACUCGAUAAACCCCGCCAAUGUCCCCUCCCUCUUCAACCUCUUCGUCCUCUUCCUCCCGCAACCCUAAACCCCCUCUAUCCUUCGCACUACCGAGCUCCUCCCAUGGCGAAGAACCCCGAGAAGAGGAAGGAGCUCACCUCCGUGGAGAGGAGAGUGGCGCGCAUCGCCAGCCACCUCCUCCCUUCUAUCUCUCCCCUCUCUCCCGCGCCUCCGAUCGUGCGAUCCGUGGCUUCGGCCGAGGACAGCUACAGGCGCGUCCAUGGCGAGGUCUCGGCGAAGGAGGCCGCGUGGAGAGAGGUGUGCGAUGAUGAGUCGGGGAAGGGGUUCGUCGACAUUAUCUAUGAGAAAGCCCUCGGGGAAGGGAUCGCCAAGAUCACAAUCAAUCGUCCAGAAAGAAGAAAUGCUUUCCGGCCCCUAACAGUUAAAGAGCUUAUGCGUGCAUUCAACGAUGCUAGGGAUGACAGUACAAUUGGUGUCGUCAUUUUGACAGGAAAGGGAACCAAGGCCUUUUGCAGUGGUGGUGACCAAGCAUUGAGGAGUUCUGAUGGAUAUGCUGAUUUUGACAGUUUUGGUCGUCUGAAUGUAUUGGAUCUUCAGGUACAGAUUCGCCGUCUCCCUAAACCAGUCAUCGCGAUGGUGGCAGGUUAUGCUGUAGGCGGUGGACACAUAUUACACAUGGUCUGCGAUCUAACAAUUGCAGCUGACAAUGCAGUUUUUGGUCAGACUGGCCCUAAGGUUGGAAGCUUCGAUGCUGGUUAUGGUUCCUCGAUCAUGUCCCGCUUGGUUGGACCAAAGAAAGCACGAGAAAUGUGGUUCCUCUCGCGAUUUUACACUGCUUAUGAAGCAGAGAAAAUGGGACUCAUAAAUGUGGUAGUGCCACUUGAGAUAUUAGAGCAGGAAACGCUUAAAUGGUGCCGGGAAAUUUUGCGGAACAGCCCAACAGCCAUCCGGGUGCUCAAAUCUGCUCUUAACGCUGUAGACGAUGGCCAUGCCGGUCUUCAGGAGCUUGGUGGGAAUGCAACACUCAUCUUUUAUGGCACGGAAGAGGCAAAUGAAGGAAAGACGGCUUACAUGGAGCGGCGACGUCCCGAUUUCUCAAAAUUUCCAAGGAAACCUUAAUGCCUCGUUCUGAUUCUCAUCUCUUAUUUACUUUGUUGUAUGAGAAGUUGCAUGAACGGAGCUCUAAAUCUUUUUUUGUAUUUUAGUAAAUAUAUUAUUCAAUAACAAAAUCAGCUAGAUCAAUAACAUUAUCUUUGUUUAAGCACAGCACCA